AUGGAAUGUGAAACAUGGGAUAAGGAUUUUGUUUUCUUCGCCUAUUGCAAAGUUGAAAAAAAGAACGAGUUUUUGAGUAUUUUGAAUGCCAAGGCCACACUGUUAAAGAAAGCCACCGAGAUAAAGGCUAACGUUAGACUUUCGCGCAGAUUGCAUAGCAAUUAUCAACCUUUUGUCUAUAACGAUAUGAUUGAUAUAUGUGGCAUUUUGAUGAAUAUGGAUGAUAGACGACAAAUGUUUUGGACUUUGAUAACACCCCUAAUAACGAAAUACACAAAUGUGAAUCAUUCCUGUCCCUACUAUCCCCAAGAUAUAGUAGCUCAAAAUUUCUCCCUUGACGCUGGAUUUGUAAACUUGCUGCCCGUACCCAAGGGCAAGUAUCGAGCUCAGGUCGUAUUUUGGGUUAAUGGUGCCAAACGUU